GGCUAAGGUUUGAAACAGCUUUGGAGUGCGAAGAGGAGUUGCUAGCCGACAAUAAAAGUCUUCACACUAGCCGUAAAUUGAUGACACCUUGGGUCAUGGAGAAGCAGUGUAGUGUCAUAUAUACUCACGAAAUUUUCAGCAAGUUUCAGGAACAACUAGUGGUUGCAAGAGACCAUUGCAUUAUUCAAGGGAUUUCAGAGACUGAAGAUAUGAAAAUUGUCACCAUCAGCAGCCAAUCUGGUAAAGAGCGAGUGGUUGAAAUGAACAAAUUAAACAUGUUUGGUAUGUGCUCCUGUAAAUUUUAUGAGUCAUUUGGCAUCCCGUGUCGUCAUAUCAUUCAAGUGCUUAGAGGCGAGAAGCUAAAUGAGAUACCACCAAUUUAUUUUAUGAAGAGGUGGGAUAUAAGGUGUAAAAGAAAAUUAUUCUUUGAUAAGGAAGGUAACCUUCUGGAUGAAAAGGCUAAAGAUCCUGUGGAGGUGGCAAUGGGGAGAAAAAUUUCAGAUUCACGUAACAAGUUUGAAGAGCUAAUCCAGAUGGCCAAGAACUCUGAACAAGGAAUGGAAUUUUUAUAUUCUAGUUUAUCAAACCUUGUAGAACCUCUCCAAAAUAUCGUUCCUGCCGCUACAGUCAAUAAGCAAGAUGAGUUUGAAUCAUUCCUUGGUGGCAAAAUUCCACAAGAAGUUGAGAUACAUCCACCAAAUGAUAUCAACUCCAGAGGGCGCUGCAAAAGAAUCAAGAAGAGCAAGGAGAACAAGGCGCCCAGAAAACGGAUGUGUGGAAAAUGCAAGCAAUUAGUGUCUCAUGACGCACGUAAUUGCCCCCUCAAUGUUGCUGGUUGAGACAUUCUUAGUUCUCCAUUCUGUUAAGACAUGCUUGUAAUUCAAUUUCUUAGUUCUCCAUUCUGUUAAGACAUGGAAGGUCGUGUGUACUCUGAAUAUUUCAUACAACAACUUAGCGAGCUGUGCUUUGCCCUUAUGUACCACUCUGUUUCUUUGUCU